AUGGGAAGUGUGGAAAGCGCAGAAGAAGCGCAUUGUGAGAACAAUGGAGUGCCACCAAGGAAGCUAUUCGGGCGAAUGUUGAAGAUGUGGACCAAAGCGUCGUCGAUCAAGCUAGGAGCAACGGUAACGCAUCCAGAAGACGCUGUUCACUGCUCCACAGCAGUGGAAUGUUCGGUAGCAUGUGGUGCACAAGGUAAUGUUUUAAAGAAUAUUUUUCUAAAAAAAAUUUAG